AUGAAUAGCAAUACUAAUACUAAUAAUAAUAGUAAUAAUAAUAAUAAUAAUCAGGGCAUUAAUAAUGAAAGGAACACAACAUCUCAAAACUCCAAUAACAAUCCAAUGGAUCCAAGAAAUUUUCUGAGUAACAUCGGAACCCCAAGUUUUAGCAUCACGCAAAUACCUCAACCUAUUUUACAAUCACUUACGCCUGUUCAACUAAGAACCAUACAACAGAAGCAUCAACAGCUUUUGGCUAAUCGUGUCCAACAGCAGCAGCAGCAACAACAACAACAACAAAAUAAUAAUAAUAAUAACAUUCAGGUACCUGUGCAGUCUCCAGAAAUGCAAAAUAACCGAUUGCAAAGAUCUAGUAAUAUGGAGAAUGAUCAUUCAAGUUCUGCUGCUAUUAUGCAGCAAAUGAAUGUACAACAACGUCUAGCUCAAAUGUCUGAACAAACCAAACAAGCUACUGCUCAAGCACUUCAACAACAAAGGCAAAAACUUCAGAAGCAACAACAGCAACAACAAGUAAGAAAUGCAUCAAGAAUUAGUAAUAGUACACCACCUAUUACUCUACCACCACAAAUCGCUGCAUUACCCUUACCUCAACAAUUACAAAUACUGAACUCUCUGAAGGCACAAGCGAUUAGUAAGGGCAAUAUGGCCAUAGUUUCAACAAUUAUGAUGGCACAAAGACAAGUCCAGGAGAGAUUACAACAACAGAUCCAACAACAACAACAACAACAAAUAAAUGAUCCUAAUAAUAACAUAGCACCCAAUACACAAAAUAAUGUUAAUUCAGGAGGUUCCAAUCAAUUUAUCAAUAUGCAGACAACCCAAAGUCCUAAUGAAAUGAACAAUUUUACUGGUUUGCAACAAUCUCCAUUACCACCAAAUACAAAUAUUCCAACAACAGUUAUACCAACUAAUAAUAGUAUACCAGAACAGAUGUCUCCUAUAGCAACACCGACUCGACGUAAAACGCAAGCAAAAGGCAGAGGUAUAAAAAACCAGAAUGCAAGUGCUGACAAUCCUACCAGACAGCAUCGUAAGCACACUACAGCUAAGACAUCUAAAAAAGCAUCUAAUACAUCAACUACUCCAGUAUCUACAAUCUCACAGCCUACUCUUCCUACUACUACUACUACUAUGCCCACUGUUACGGGUUUGCAAAUUCCGACCAAUGUACCUCCAUUAUCAAUGCCUAAAUUGGAAUUACCAGAAUAUAAAACGAUUAAAUAUGAUCUACCUGAAGCGAAAUUACCUUAUACAGAAUAUUGGUCUGAAAGCAAGGGACCAACUACCGACUCUUUACUUUAUGAACAAUUUAUUAGAAGAGAUAAGCAUGAUGUAGAGGGCAAAGAGAAAGAAAAAGGAGGCUAUGAACCUUUCAGCAUAUAUGGGUUUAGUAACAGGGAGUAUAUGGCUAAAUUAUUUCAUACUUUAAAAUAUUAUCAGGAAUUGAAAAAUACUAGGAUGAAAUCAAUAACUAGUACAACAAAGAAUAUCCCUGCUGCAAGUAUAUGGGGCAGUGGUUAUAGUGGUUACGGGAAUGGUAUAAGUAACACUAUCACAAAAAUAAUAUCUGGAUAUAAAGAUGAAACCCAGCUUGACGAAUUAGCUAUACAUAAACAAGCUAUGAAUGAGACAUCUGAGGAAUUAGUGCCAAUUCGUCUAGAAUUUGACCAGGAAAAAGAUAAAUUUUUCUUAAGAGAUACAUUUUUGUGGAAUAGAAAUGAAACAGUGGUAUCUAUUGAAAACUUUGUACAUGAAAUGGUAAAAGACUUUAGAUUCAAUACAUCAUAUCGAGCUCAAUUUGGAGAUAUGAUUGCUCAAUCUAUCCGUGAACAAAUCUAUGAAUAUCAACCAAAUCCUUAUAAUGAAUUGAAAAGAAGAAGAUUGGGCGGUGACGACCUAAGAAUCAAAAUUAAAUUAGACAUUGUUGUGGGACAAAAUCAGCUGAUCGAUCAAUUCGAAUGGGAUAUAUCCAAUACAGAUAAUUGUGCAGAAGAGUUUGCGGAAAAUAUGUGUCAAGAGUUACAAUUACCAGGGGAAUUUGUGACUGCAAUUUCACAUUCUAUCAGAGAACAAGUACAUAUGUAUCAUAAAUCAUUAGCAUUAUUAGGUUACAAAUUUGAUGGAUCACCAGUUGAAGAUAACGAUAUUAGAAGUCGAUUACUACCUGUGAUUACAUUAGAUGAUGUUUUUAGAGUUCCAUCUGAUACGAAAAAUUAUACACCAAAUUUACUUCAAAUUUCCAUUGCCGAAUUAGAAAGAUUAGACAGGGAUAAAGAAAGAGAUACUAGGCGUAAAAGAAGACAAGGACGUUUGAAUAGACGUGGUAAUGUUACGAGUGGUAAUGUCUUAAACAACAUAUCAAGUAAUAAUGGUUUAGUUGGACCCUUAUCUGGCAGUUCACUAACAAAUGAUAAUUAUUUACCAGAUGUUGCAGAUAUUCCACGAACCUUCAGAACGCCAAUACCUAGUACAGUAUUACCGGGUGGUAUCGACUUAGGACCAUCUGUGAAUUCAUAUGAUUUGAAUACUAUAAUAGAGUAUAAGCCAAGACCAUUAGCACCUAAUUCUAAACCACGUCUAUGCUACAUAAUGAGUCACAUUCCAGGGCAAUCGUUGCGUGUAUGUAUUAAUAUAAAAAAGAAAACUACAGUGAAGGCUGAUCCAGAAAAGCAAGAUUACAACAAUGAUGUUAAUAAAAGUAACAUAGAUAGCACUAAUGAAAAUCUAUCAGGGAAUAAUACUAGUAUAAACGUAGUUAAAAUAGAGCCAAUUGCUGAUAGUUAA